CUUUUCUUCAAACUUCGUUCAGUCAAGGACUUUGUGGUCGGCACCCACCCUAAACCUACGGAAGACUGAGAGACCAUGGCUGAGGAAACUGCCAGAGGAGAUCCUGUUAGGAACACUGGGCCAGACAAAGGGGCUCCUGAUGAAGGGGUUCAGCCAAGGGAGAAAUGGGCCAACAAGACGGAAUUCAUAUUGUGCAUGGCUGGGCAAAUCAUUGGACUUGGAAACGUUGUCAGGUUUCCCUAUCUGUGCUACAAGAAUGGAGGAGGUGUUUUCUUUAUCCCAUACUUUACAUUACUCUUCUUCUGUGGCAUCCCUGUGUUCUUCCUGGAGACGGCAUUGGGCCAGUACACUAGUGAGGGCGGGGUCACUGCCUGGAGGAAGAUAUGCCCCAUGUUUGAGGGGGUAGGCAUUGCGUCCCAAGUGACUGUGACCUAUAUAAACAUCUACUUUAUUGUGAUAUUGGCCUGGGCUAUCUUCUACCUGAUUAACUCCUUUCGAAGUCCUCUGCCCUGGUCCACAUGCGACAACUCUUGGAACUCUAAUUCAUGUCACACUCAUGCUGGCAUCUUUGCCAACCCUGAUUUGUUUCGCCCUGACUUCAACUGGUCAUUUCUAUACAACAUCACCUCACCCAGCGACUUUCAGUUUAACAGCGGUUAUGAGAAUAUGACGGAUCCAUUCAUGAUAAUGAAGAAUCCGGAACAGGAGUUUUGGCUUAACCGUGUGUUAAGAAUGUCAGAGGACAUGUCCCUGGGUAAGGUACACUGGGACCUGGCUCUGUGUCUCCUGCUUGCCUGGGUUAUAUGUUACUUCUGCAUCUGGAAGGGAAUCAAAUCCACAGGAAAGGUGGUGUACUUCACAGCUACAUUCCCUUACCUGUUACUGGUCAUCCUUUUCUUCCGUGGAAUAACACUUCCAGGCGCUGCAGAUGGCCUGUUUUAUUACCUCUACCCUGACUGCGAAAAACUUGCUGUGCCUACAGUAUGGGUUGAUGCAGGGAAUGAGGUACUCUUUUCCUAUGCUCUGGGUCUGGGAGUACUGACCGCUCUGGGAAGCUACAACAAAUACAACAACAACUGCUACAGGGAUUGUCUGGCACUAUGUUGUCUGAACACUGGUACUGGUAUCUUUGCUGGUUUCGUUGUGUUCUCAGUGCUGGGAUUCAUGGCUCAAGAUCUUGGCUUACCGAUUGCAGACGUUGCUUCUAGUGGUCCUCAUCUGAUCUUCAUAGCCAUUCCUAGGGUUUUGUCAUUGCUGCCCGGCUCAUCUUUUUGGGCUUUGCUCUUCUUCAUCAUGGUCAUCCUCUUGUGCCUAGACACUCAGUUUGUGUGUGUGGAGAGCCUGGCCACAGCCAUCACAGACCUGUUCCCACAUUACCUGAGAAGGCCUAAAGGCAGAGAGAUACUGGUCCUGGUCAUUGCUAUCAUUUGCUUCCUGCUGGGGCUGCCGUUCAUCUCUGAGGGAGGGAUACUCCUCUUCCAUCUGAUUGAUGCCUACGGUGCCAGUCAUAUCACUCUCCUCAUCAUUGUUUGUGUUGAGACUAUUGUCAUUGGCUGGGUGUAUGGUGCGGACCGUUUCUAUGACAACAUUGAGGACAUGAUCGGGUACAAGCCAUUCCCUGUGCUGAAGUACUGCUGGAUGUUCGUCACGCCGCUCAUCUGCGGGCUCACAGUGCUGUAUCACCUGGCAUACCCAGACACUUUUUACCUGUAUGAUUAUGUACCCAGCACCUCGGCCACCACAUUGUGCAGUGUACUAAUUGCCGCUCCACUGAUAUGCAUCCCAGCAUUCAUUUUGGUAGCACUGUGGAGGAAUCCCCAAAACAUGACUACACCAUCCAGCGACCUGCGUCAGGCUCAGCCACACAAGCCAGUGCUGACACUGUGUAAAUACGUCAUUUACAAGGCACAAGGGCCGCCAAUCAGGAGUGUGGAGGAAAGAGACGAGAAACUGAUGAUGGCGGAACGCUGUAGGGUGUGAUGGUUACUUUUAACACUUUAUAGACCUGCAGCAAAGUAUGGUGCAUGAUGGCAUCAAAAUUUUCCAAAUCGGUGACAUCAAAGACACAUUUUAAUUUUACAAAUGUUUACAAAAUUGAUGAAUCAGGAACUUUUUUGUUGUUGUUGUUAGUACAUUAGUCUUUACCUUACUAUUGUUUAUAAUGAAUAAUAAAGAAAAAAAAUCCAAUAUAAUGCACAUACGCCUAUACAUCUAUAAUCCUUCAUAAGUACUUUAAAGAGUACUCCUCUGGUUUAACACCCCUUUAACAUCGUUUAACAGUUUCAAUGGAAAAAUUGAUGAACUAAAACUGACAUCAGAUGUUACGCAGCUCCUUCUGGAGACACAAAAGCCUUUAAACAACUUUGAGGUAUGAAAUCAAUUGCGUUUCCCUUUGAAAUGCUUAUAAGGUCAUAAAUCUGGCACAUUUGGGUUAUUACGAUAUUUUACUUGCAAUUCUAAAUUGUAGUCGCUGUUUGCCAUCAAAUCAAAGCAGCCAAAACUACAAUGUUAAUCUCAGUUAGCAUCAAAUGUAAAUAUGGGUUGCUGAAUUAUGUUGUUUUACUGCGAUGUUACAUCGAACAAGCUAGCUCGCUUCUUUUGUUACUGAGAUAAAUAUCGUGUUUAUGAAUGAUAUAUCUCUGUUGUAUACAACCACUUUUUUGUUUCAGAAUGUGCCCAAUAUCUUCAAUCCAUUAUGUGUCUAUACCAUGUACGGAUGAUGAUAAAUUUUAUGAAUCAAUAUGCUAAAUAUGCUGUUGCAAUAUGCCUCUUUUGACUCUGUCCAUAUUGAUUUCUGACCAGAGAGGAUCAACAUUCAAUAAAAGUCCAUGAUGGUCAGCUUGUCAGUUCAGUGAAUGGAUCUCCUGUUUCCUGUUUUGUAGCAGGAAAACAAAAAUAUUCCACAGCUCUGUGUGUCUCCUGCUUUCUUUUUG